UUCGUACAUUACAUAACCGCCUCUGCCCCAGUAUAAUCAGUGCUUCACUAGGACUGCUCCACUACUAGCACCUUCCUACGUUAUUUCGCAUUGCAAGAUUUACGACUCCUCUAUAUAAUUUGAUUUUGUUUAGGUCAGUAAUAACUACUCCUAUAUAUUAUUUGCAUCCUCGUCAAUACUCGCCCUAGUAAUCAUCUAUCAAAGUUUCUUCUCUCAAAUUGAGUAUGGGGAUUCCACAUUAUAUUGUCGCUGGUCCAUCGGAGAUGCUUGCCAUUACCGGAAGUGGCAUAAGUGAAAUAAAACUCAAGAAAAAGCAUUUUUUAUGGCCCCUUCAAAAAUGCACUAAGCUUGACAUAUCUCCUGUCAACUACUCGUUCGAGGUACAAGCUAUGAGCGCCGAAAAACUCCCUUUUGUUCUUCCUGCUGUUUUCACAAUUGGCCCUAAACUCGACGAAGAUAACGAGAGCUUGAUCAAGUACGCACAGCUUGUGUCCAAUCAUGAUAAGAAUUCAAAUCACGUUAAAGAACUCGUCAAGGGAAUUAUCGAGGGGGAAACUCGUGUUCUUGCUGCUUCUAUGACUAUGGAACAGAUUUUCAAGGGAACAAAAGAGUUUAAGAAAGAAGUUUUUGAGAAAGUCCAACUUGAACUCAAUCAAUUUGGACUUUAUAUUUAUAAUGCUAAUGUUAAACAACUUGUUGAUGUUCCUGGCCAUGAGUACUUCUCUUACCUUGGCCAAAAGACUCAGAUGGAAGCCGCCAACCAAGCCAAGAUUGAUGUAGCCGAGGCAAGGAUGAAAGGAGAGAUAGGUUCAAAGCAAAGAGAUGGAGAGACAAAGCAGAAUGCAGCUAAGAUAGAUGCAGAGACAAUGAUCAUAUCAACAAAAAGGCAAGGAGAAGGUAAAAAGGAAGAAGUUAGAGUAAGGACUGAAGUAGAGAUAUUUAAGAAUCAAAGAGAAGCAGAGGUUGUUGAGGCAAGUGCGGAAUUGGCAAGGAAGAAAGCUGGAUGGUCUCAGACUGCAAGAUUGGCUGAGGUGGAAGCAGAAAAGGCUGUGGCAAUAAGAGAAGCUGAGCUACAAAUGGAAGUGGAGAAGAAGAAAGCUCUUGCUCAGACUGCAAAACUCAAGGCUGAUCUUCUCAGCAAGGCUAAUGUUGAAUACGACAUUAAGGUGCAAGAGGCAAACUCAGAAUUAUACAGGAGACAGAAAGAAGCAGAAGCCGCACUAUUCGAGAACCAGAAGAAAGCAGAAGCACAGAAAGCAACCGCAGAUGCUGAACUGUAUAGUCGCCAACAGGUUGCAAACAGUGAGCUCUUUGCAAAGCAAAAGGAAGCCGAAGGAGUAGCAGCAAUUGGGGAAGCACAAGCAUUUUACUUAGGAUCCCUUCUUAAGGAAGUGAAGAAUUACUCAUCACUCAGAGACUAUUUGAUGAUCAACAAUGGAAUUUUCCAGGAAAUCGCAAAGACCAAUGCUCAAGCAGUGAACGGUUUGCAGCCAAAGAUAAGCAUUUGGUCAGGUGCUAAUGGCGGCGAAAGCAAUGGAGAAGGAAGCGGAUUGAAGGAUGUAGCUGGUGUGUACCGAAUGUUGCCUCCUCUGCUUCAAACUGUGCAAGAGCAAACUGGGAUGCAGCCUCCUGCAUGGAUUGGUUCAAUACCUGAAUCCAAAUGAAGUACUGCACGUUAAAUUAUUUGUAGUUUUACUAUGGGAUUUAUGCUUUUCUGGUUUUAAACUAUGUAAAUGUUCUUGAUUACUAGUACUAUUUCUUUCUUGGAUUAA